AUUUCAUUGAAAUUAUUAAAACGAUACAAUCGAAAUAUUUCUACCGGUUAAUUAUAAAUUAAAAAGAAAAAAAUUUUAAAUAAUAAAUAAGACUUAAUGGCAUCGUUAAUUGAAAAUACAGUAGGUAUAUCAUCAAUAAAUAUUGUUUUUGGAUUUCCUUGUUUUUAUCAUCGUAAUAUCGAUCAAUUAUUGAAUAAAGAUGUUAUUGCUAAAUGUGAGUUUAAAGUUGAUGAAAAGGGUACUUUGUAUCAUGUAGUACACUUCAAAAAUGGAUCAUCAUCUAAAUUAAUAUCACAAUUACCAUCGUGUCGUUAUGUUGCUGGUUAUAACAGUAGUACAAUAACACUAUUUGAAAUAAUAAGUACAUUUAUAUUAACACCACUAUCGCGUAUUUCUGUUGACACACGAUUUGUAUAUUUAUGUAUACUAUUUAAUGAUAUAUUUAUGUAUAUUAAUGAACUGACGCAAAAAAAAAUAAUCAAUAGUUAUCUGAUGGGUAAUGAGCAUCGCGUCAAAUUAUUUUGUGAUAACAUUGUAUUUGUAAAUGCUCAUAAUCGGCUAUCAUUUUUAUUACGGAAUACCUUGAUGACUGUUGAGUCUAGUAAAUGUAAACAUCAAUUCAUACGUCAGUAUACAAGUAUAUUGUUUAUUGUUAAAUACAUAUUAUUUUCUAGGAUAACUAAAUCAUCGCGUAUCGAUAUAAAUAAUAAUAAUAAUAAUAAUAAUAAUGACGCAUCUAAUGGAAUUAAUAAAAGUAGUAGAGUAUUACAUGAUGGUAUUUGUAAAUUGAAACAAUAUAAAUGUCGAAUGACAUUUAUCGAUGAGUCGCAACUACAUAGCGUUUUUUGUAUGCAAUUAACGCAACGUAAUUCGAGUGCUUACAAAUUAUUAAGAUUAAUUGAUAUAUUUAAUAUACCUGUUGAACCAUCACAAAAUAUUAUUCAUCAAGUAUUUUCGUUAUGAUGUUUUACUAUU